GGGGUUUCGCAGUUACCUGACGAGGAGGAGAGCAGACCUGACAUAGUCUUGAUCAAGGAGGAGAAGCUGGGCGUGGACUUGGAUAGUAGUAAUGACACACAGGAUGUACUGCUAUUCAGUGAGGAGGGUAAGUGAAAAGCGUAUGAAUUAUUAGGCUUUUGGAAUUGUAUACUAUGUCUGUUGUUAUGUCAACUGCUUUUCCCUCCCUGAUGUCAAGUGGUAAAGUAAUCUUGAAUCAUACUUCUAAAAUGAUAACACAAAAAAUGAAGUUUACACAAUCUCUCCCCCAUUACUGGCAAAAAUGUGUAUAUAAAUAUAUUGCUCUUCACAUCAACGUUGACAAUGAUUUGUGGUUAAUCUGCAUCACCCAGAGAUUAGUUGUAAAUUGGCUGAGUUACAACCCCAUUCUAAAUGUUUUGGAGACAUAGGAAAAAACGUUAUAAUCUACAUAAUUUUUGCCUGUGUAGGGCAAUAUGUACCCCCACCCUCUUGCCAGGCACAUGUCCUACCUCUCCCCCGUACAAAAUAAUAAUCUGUCCCCCCCCCCCACUUGCGUCAAGGACAAACACGGGUUUAUCUCUGUUUAUUGACAUCCCUAUUUCUGAAAUCUCGCCCUUAAGGUACUGAGGUGUCAACUGUCAAAGUGAAUUACAGUGAAGAAGGGCCAUCCAGAAUGACCUACUCCACCAUGACGACAAGGCAGAGGGAAUGGAACAGAAGUGGAGAGGAUAGCGGCCACCAAUCCGAGCAGGGGAACGAGAGCUCUCAAAGGACCCGCCAGUGCUCACGCACUAAAUUCACAGCUGGAAGACGGAACCCCCUGAGCCUUGACUACACGCUGCAUAAGACACCCAGCGAGCCUGGUUCCUCCAGUCCACUGGGGGGCGAUGAUGAAAUGGAGACAGUGGAACCCGUUUAUGAUAAUCCUUCCGAAACAGAUGCCGACGUCCCCUCUACUCACUUGACACAGAAACAGUUUCCCUUUGCACCAGACAGUAGUCCGAAUACUCUCGCGGGGAAUUUCGAAAUGAAAAGAGGAGUUUCCAUGGUCAGCUCUCUACCGUACAACGUGGAACUGGAUAUGUGUUCUUCCUGGAGCAACCAGAGCAUGCCGGGAAUGGUUUCCAUGCAGGACGGGCAAUACCUGAAACCGGACCUCAGGGAAUUGGUGCUCGACAAGGUUGCAGACUUGAGCUCUGUCCACUAUCAAAUGACUGCUGCCGGACUUCACGCCGCAGCCAAGUACGACAGCAGGGAAAACAAACAUUUUAUUUGCACCUUCUGCAGCAAGGGUUUCACAUCGUCGCGAAGUCUGGUGACACACCUGCGGGUUCACACGGGAGAGAGACCGUACAGCUGCGCCCAGUGUGGGAAGAGGUUCACCCAGUCUGGCCAUCUGAAAACGCACCAGAGCGUACACACCGGAGAGCGGCCGUUUGCAUGCGAGCACUGUGGUAAAAGAUUUGCAGGGAAACAAAAUUUGAGGUUACACCAACAGAAACACCACCCUAAUCUGUGAGGUAUACGGCUAGUUGAGGUCCAUGAACAUGGUUAA